CUUCCUGUGCGAGAUGUUUAGUCUCGGUCCAGAUGUCAGGCUCAACAUACAGUCUAGUCUUGCCUGCUGGUCUUAAGAUGUAAACACCGGCUGUCAUGGCGGCGGCUAUAUUUGUAUCCACAAGUGGACGACACUUGGAGCAAGGAGGCAUGUCCUUUCAGGCGUCCAAUCAGCUGGAGGGAAUGUGCUUUUGGAGCCGCCUCCUCUUCAUCUUCUCUGCUUUGCUUUUUUCCUUUUGCGCUAAGGGAUGAGGGACAUGACAUUAGGAGGAGUCGCGGCAAGGAUAAAGUGCAGUUGUGAAGACCUUGUCUCACCCCAUUCUUUCUUGACAAAUUGAACCGCUGCACUUUUGUUUGUGGCUCUCUUAUUGUGAAGGGACAGCAGCUGGUUGCCUGGGAAGACAGAAGUGUCACACUGUUAGUCACGGUGAGCUCAGAGCUAGUCGUGUGCCGCCAUGUCCUAGUGGAUGUCCCACAGGGAGGGGACACACGUCGGAUGAGGCGGGGAGAGGUUGCUUUAGCAGAGCUCAAAUUGAGACAGCUCAUGUUGGGAGUUGUCACAGAGUGUAGCUUGCACCCCCAAACAGGAUGUGUCACAAUCAUGGCCUCUUACUUGUGGUACGGCGACUUCCUGGUCCGUACAGUCGUGACUGGAUGAAGUCUUCAGCUGUCUUCUGCUGGAAGGACACCAACUCUCUGGGCUUGACUGUCAUCACAUUGCAGUUUCCUUCCAAGCUGACAAAGGUUACCUUGACAUUAACACAUUGGUACUAUACAUUUAUAACAAAUCUGUUUUGGCAUCCUAUUGUACUGAUUCUGAUAUUGUCAAACUGCUUACUGUAGUAUUCUGAGUCUCACAAAUCAAAAGGUACUUACUUUCGACAGCGGCCCAGUUUUUGCUCAUUUCGCUGCUUGGUCAUUUUCUUAUCUUUUUUGUCUUUGUGGUGCUCUUCAUCUUGAAAUGCCACAGGAACAUCUGGGCCUUCAUCUUCAGAUGUGCUCUUUCUUUAAAAAAAAAAAGUGUAUAGUCUUAAUGUUUCAUCCAACACACAGGAUACACGUGGUGAUAACACUUACCGUGCAGAGUCACUCUCUAAAACUUUAACAGAAAGCAGUUUUCUCUUCUGUGAAGAAGAAAAACAAGUGAGCCUGCAGAAAGCGCGUAAAUAAUCUCAAGAAGCUUCUUUUUCACCACUAUAACAGAUUUCAAAUGAAAGCACCUUCUGCUCCUUGAACAGUUCCUGUCUCUUCUUCCUCUUUUCCCUGAGCAGUUCCUUCUCCCUUGAAGCACAAACACACAGGAGAGCUUAGACAUAUCCAUGAUUGCAUCCUUCACCACAUGCUCGCAAAACACGUGAGCAUCUCCUCGUAUAAAUAUCUCAGCCAAGAAACCCCCAAUACAGCAAUGACUGGAUCGUGCUACAACCAUACACGCGUUUAAUGUUACAUUUUAAAACGAAAUUCCAGUUAUUGAGAAAAAACAUCGAAGUUGGUGUGUUUAAAAAGUGCCUUUCAUCAUAAAGACUUAUCAGACUUGAUUGGCUGGCUAGCUAGCAGUUAGCUACCUUCUGGCAAUUUCCAGCGCCUGUUUGGCACUCCGUAGCGCCUCAGCUCUUGAGUCCUCAAAUGUCAUCUCCUCUGGCGCCUCGUCAUCACUGGAGUGGAACUCUACACCAAACGUCUUCAUAGCCGCCUCGUGGUGUUGCACUUUAGACGACCCAGCUAGGCGUCCACGUUUUCUCGUCGCCAUGUUGGGCAAGAAGAUGUGACGUUUUCAAAUAGAUCGUCACUUCCGUCUGUAUUGUGGUUUUGUUCUGCUGUGCGAACCAAAUAUGUAUUUUUAAUUAGUUUAUCAUGACAAUAAAUUCACCGCACAUAUAAUGACUAUCAAAACAAUAAAAUUGUUGAAUAGUAAAGUUUUGAUAACAGGCUUUCAGAUUGAAAGUCCCAACCGGAAGCUAGCCCCUCACUUUGUAGAGCUUGUGUUCGUUAGAUCAGUGGUCAAGUUAAGAGAACCAAGCAGAAGCCAUGCAAGGAUUAGUUGUCUUACUAGUGACUGCUGUGGGCUCCUUCGUGCUCGGCCUGACGCCACUGGAAGCCUCCCCGGCUGUUGUACCAUGCCUCGCCCCGCUGCAGUGGGAGGGGAGGUGGGUGAUGUACGACCACGGAACCGGGAGGAACAACCGGGCCGCGGUGUCCUACGACGGCCAGAACCAGAGACUCCGCGUCCUGCAGCAGCACAAGAAACACACACCAUGUCAGAGGUACUUUGAGUACAUCUACUUGUACGACAGCAUGGUGAUGUUUCAGAUCGACCAGAAGACUAAAGAAUGUUCCAAGGUAGCUCUGACCGAGGCCUGGGACCCCUUCGACAUUCCUGACAACUCCACCUUCGAGGACCAGUACAUCAUCGGUGGUCCCGGGGACAACGUGGAGGUCCAGGAGUGGUCUGACAGGAAGCCAGCACGCAGACAUGAGACAUGGGUGGGUGUGUACACGCUGAAGGACUGCUACCCGGUGCAGGAGACCUACGUCAAGAACAGCAGCGUCACCACUUCCACUCGCUUCUUCAACCUCCAGCUGGGCAUCAGCGACCCAAACGUCUUCACCCCUCCUAGCACCUGCCAGUCGGCCCGACCCCUCGCCAUGACAGAGUCCCGCUGCUGAGUCCUUACUACCGGCUUUGUCCUUACACCAUACAUAGCAUAUUGAUUAGCUGCUAAUCAAUUAUUGAUCUGGUAAAACAAAAGAUGAUGUUUGAAAGAUGCCAUCUGUGGGUUUUCAUAAACCGUUGACUUGUUUUGAUGGACAUGAGUAGACAUGUAUCCCUUUCAAAUCAAGUCAUCUGGAAUUAACACUCAUAAUUCAAAUGACUUGAUCAUUUGUAUGCUAAAUAUAUUCUCUUGAAGGAUAAUAAAUGGAAAAAUGACUCCAUUCUUGUUACAUUUAAUCUCACCACAACACAUUUAUAAAAUGUCAUUAUAACCAUGUCAUUAAAUCAUGGUAGAUAAAUAAAGAUAAAUCGCAACAGACGCUGAUA